GUAAUUUUGACAAUCGUUUUGACUUCUGACAUUUUGCGAUUUUGAAAGUGUGCCAUUGCCAUUGUCAAUAGAGAUUUUUGUAACUUGGAUCAAAACUAAUAAGUUAAUAAGCUUGCCAACUUGAUAUUUUUAAAAUGCUAGCCUAUUUAGUAAAAGAAGCUCUUCCCAAUUAUUUAUCUAAUUUGCCAAUUCCAGAUACAAUUGGAGGAUGGUUCAGUUUAGGAUUAAAGGAUAUAGUAGCUCUUGUUCCUCCAGCAGCUGUAGUAGCGGGUAUUGGUUAUAUGUCAUAUAAAGCAUUUUGUCCAAAAGGCCGUUGUGGAUCAAAGCCUUCUUGCAGUGUAGUAAAUCCUGGAAUACUCAAAAAGAGUGACAAAGUGGUUGACUCUGUUGAUAUAGAAGAUAUUGCUGAUAAAGCAGUGUUCUGUAGAUGUUGGAGAAGUAAAAACUGGCCCUAUUGUGAUGGUAGUCACAACAAUCACAACAAAGAACAAGGAGACAACGUUGGUCCACUGAUUGUCAGCAAGAAGAAGUAACCAGUAUAAAUAUACGUGUAUACAAGUUUAUUUUGUGUAGUAGAAAUACCAUGGGGUAUGUUGUUUACAAGUCCUUAUUGAUUGUUGAUUUUAUAACAUUAUUUCCAGUAAAUGAAUAAAUAUUAUUAAGUACA